AUGCGUGAAGUAAUUUCAAUACAUAUUGGCCAAGCAGGCGUUCAAAUUGGUAAUGCUUGUUGGGAAUUGUACUGCUUGGAACAUGGCAUUCAGCCCGAUGGACAAAUGCCAUCGGAUAAGAGUGUUGGUGGUGGUGAUGAUUCGUUUACAACAUUCUUUUCGGAAACCGGAUCAGGUAGACAUGUUCCACGUGCGGUUAUGAUCGAUCUAGAACCAACCGUUAUUGAUGAAAUUCGAACCGGAACUUAUCGUUCACUAUUUCAUCCCGAACAGUUAAUCACCGGCAAAGAGGAUGCAGCAAACAAUUAUGCUCGAGGUCAUUAUACGAUCGGUAAAGAGAUUAUCGAUCUUACAUUGGAUCGAAUUCGACGCUUAUCGGAAAACUGUACCGGAUUACAAGGCUUUUUGGUUUUUCAUUCAUUUGGUGGUGGUACCGGUUCCGGUUUUACAUCAUUACUUAUGGAACGCUUAUCGGUUGAUUAUGGUAAAAAAGCUAAACUGGAAUUUAGUGUUUAUCCUGCACCGCAAGUUUCUACAGCAGUGGUUGAACCAUACAAUUCAAUCCUAACAACACAUACCACCUUGGAACAUUCCGAUUGCUCCUUCAUGGUUGACAAUGAAGCCAUUUAUGAUAUUUGUCGCAGAAAUCUCGACAUCGAGCGUCCAUCAUAUACAAAUUUGAAUCGCUUAAUUGGGCAAAUUGUUUCAUCCAUUACAGCAUCCUUACGUUUUGAUGGUGCUUUGAAUGUUGACCUUACCGAAUUUCAGACAAACCUCGUGCCAUAUCCACGAAUUCAUUUCCCUUUGGCAACAUUUGCGCCUGUUAUUUCUGCCGAAAAAGCCUACCAUGAACAGUUAUCAGUGUCAGAAAUUACCAAUAUGUGCUUUGAACCACAUAAUCAAAUGGUUAAGUGCGAUCCACGACAUGGCAAGUAUAUGGCGGUAUGUUUGUUGUUCCGUGGCGAUGUUGUACCAAAAGAUGUGAAUGCAGCAAUUGCUACAAUUAAAACGAAACGUAGCAUACAAUUUGUUGAUUGGUGUCCAACAGGUUUUAAAGUUGGAAUUAAUUAUCAGCCACCAACUGUUGUUCCAGGUGGUGACCUUGCGAAGGUACCACGAGCAGUGUGUAUGUUAUCAAAUACGACAGCAAUAGCUGAGGCAUGGGCAAGACUUGAUCAUAAGUUCGAUUUAAUGUAUGCUAAAAGAGCUUUCGUACAUUGGUACGUUGGUGAAGGAAUGGAAGAAGGUGAAUUCUCAGAGGCACGUGAAGAUCUUGCGGCUUUAGAAAAAGACUACGAAGAGGUUGGUGUUGAUUCAAUGGAAGAUGCUGGUGAAGAAGGAGAUGAGUAUUGA